CAAUUGAGCAUUGAACAAGAUUCUCAGCGGACGGCGUGGGGUUUAAGAGCCGGUUCCCUUCUCAACCGGUCUAACCAAGACCACCGGCCGGCUUUUAAAACCUUUUGCACUGGUUGCCGCCAAACCCAACUCCUGCUCCGUCGCCAUUCUUCUUUCACACCAUGAGAACCCUAAAGCGACACAGUUCUCGGAGGUCCAAGGAGGAUAUCCCACGCGCAAAGUUGAGGAAGAUAAAGAGAGGCGGGUAUAGUAGACCGAGUAAAGCAAGGAAAAGUGCAGAAAAGAAGCCUGUCAGAUAUGAGGAGGACUUUCCGGCGGAGAUUGACGACUCAGAGGAGUUGUCUGAGGAGCAGGUGGAUGGAGAUUCUGAGUUGGAAGAAGCGGGAAAACUUUCAUAUAGAGAGCCUACAAUGUAUGAUGAUUUGUUGAAGAAGCUGGGGUCGCGCAAUGUAUCUGUUGCAAAUGCUUUGAGGAGAAGGCAAAGAGAAGAACAAGGGGAAAGCGACUCAGAUGAAGAUGAAGAUGAAGAUAGUGAUGCAGAAUCUCUUAGUGAGUCGGAGGAAGAGGAUGACGGUGAGAAUGGAAAUGUAAGUCUGUCUCCUAGCAGUUACGCUGUUGGAAAUGGCCCAAAAACUGGUGCGGAACAGAGUGAACAUGUUGAAUCAGAUGAUGAUGAAGAACUGUCUGACACAGAUGAAGAAAGUGACCCGAGAGUGAAUGGUCAGCCAUCUGUCAUCAUAAGUACCUUUCACAAUCAUUUGAGUCACAAACUAGCAUCUGAAGAGGUUGACGAUAUUAUGAAAAGGAAAUGUAAGUACACAUGGAAGAUGCCUGCUCUCAAGUCGAAUUGCAGUUGGAGAGGAACAGGAGCAUGCUUUAUCAAGGAUUCAGACAUGGAUUCUAAUUAUGGCCUAAAGCCAAGGUUAUACAAGCAUUGGUUGGAAAGCUACAAGGCUACUGCAGGCAGUGAAUUUCAUCAAUCUACACAGAGAUUGUUUUUCUCUAUUUGCAACAGCUAUUAUGAUGUAAUGCACCAUAACAAGAAGCCGUUUUACCUCAAAGGAACGGAAGAAGAUUCAAGUAUCAUGGAUUCUUACCUCAUGCAUUCCUUAAAUCAUAUCUUCAGAAGUAGAGAUCUUAUUGGAAAAAAUGAAAGGAAAUUGGCUAAAGAUCAAGAGAGUGUGGAGGGAAUAAGUGUUGAAGGUGAUGCCUAUCUUGAUCGUGGAUUCACCCGUCCCAAGGUUCUGAUCCUUUUGCCACUAGCAGGCAUUGCACGUAGGGUUGUCAAGAGAUUAAUCCAGUUGACUCCUUCCAAGCAUAAGGCUAAUGUGGAAAAUUUGGAGCGCUUCUAUGAAGAGUUUGGUUCUGGAAGAACUGAGAGCAGAGAUGAAGACGAUGACUCAGAAAUCCCUAAACCCAAGAAGUCUGCAAAACCUCCCGAUUUCCAAGCAUUGCUUGGUAGGGAUAAUGAUAAUGAUCACUUUGUGAUAGGCGUAAAGUUCACCAAUAAGGGUAUAAAGUUGUACGGGGAUUUCUAUACGUCGGACAUGAUUGUUGCUUCUCCUCUGGGCUUGAUCACUAAAAUUGGGGAGGCGGAAGUUGAAAAAGAAAAAGAUGUUGAUUAUCUUUCUUCCAUAGAAGUCUUAAUCAUUGACCACGCCGAUAUCAUGCUAAUGCAGAAUUGGUCCCAUGUGAAUACUGUUGUUGAGCAGUUGAAUAGAUUACCAUCUAAGCAACAUGGAACUGAUAUUAUGCGCAUCAGGCCAUGGUACCUAGAUGGACAAGCGCGUUUCUAUCGGCAAACAAUAAUUUUAGGUUCUCAUAUAAGUCCAGAAAUCAAUGCCUUGUUUAAUCAGCAUUGCCUCAAUUAUCGUGGAAAGGUCAAAUUGGAGUGCAAGUAUAAAGGUGUUCUUCCAAAAAUAUUAAUUCAAGCAAGACAGAUUUAUGAGCGCUUUGAUACGGAAUCAAUAGCAGAAGCUGAUGAUGCUCGUCUUAAUUACUUUUGCAAAAAGGUAUUCCCCAAGAUAAAAGAUUCCAUCCAGAAUGGGGUAAUGAUAUUUAUUAGUUCUUACUUUGAGUUUGUACGAGUUAGGAACUAUUUGAAGUCACAAGCUGCCUCCUUCUGCUUGUUUGGAGAGUAUAUAAAGCGAAAUGAUAUAUCUCAUGUGCGGGGUCAGUUUUUCAGAGGAGAAAAGAAAAUUAUGCUUUACACUGAGCGAGCCCAUUUCUACUACAGAUACAAGAUUCGUGGUGUAAAGAAUUUAAUAAUCUAUUCCCUGCCAGAGAGAAAAGAAUUUUAUCCAGAGAUUGUUAACUUGCUAGAAGAGUCUGGCAGCAUGAAUUGCACGGUCUUAUUUUCUCGUUUGGAUCAUCUUCGGCUUGAAAGAAUAGUUGGUUCGACUGCUGCCAAAAGGAUGGUGGACUCAGAGAAAGGUGUCUUUGUCUUUGCUUAGAAACUUUUCCAAGCUGCAUAAGUUGACGGAGCGUAGCACUAGAAGGGAAUCAACUACAUAUCAAUGUGAAAAGCUGCAUGUCAACCUUAGCUUGGAGAUCUUAUGUACCACAACUAUGAUUCAAGGGAAAAUGGAACGAGUUUCAGAAUCCCUGGCUUACAUCUCACCAACAGAAUCCCGAAAGACUUAAUCUGAGCUUAUUUCCCUCCCUUCUGGAGUGUUCCAGAAAGGUGUUUCCUUAUAACUUCUUAGCAGACUUGAACUUUCAACUUGGAAAAUAUGUACAAUAUUGAGGUGCGGCUUCUAACUUGUUUAGAAAUAUUUUGCUAAAGAAGCAUAUAUUCCUUACAAAUUUAAGUUGUUACAGGGAAUCUGUAAGAAUCACAUAUACACAGCUUAUUUAAGUUAAUAGUUCAAAUGUUAGUCCAAUACAAUUGUGUCAGUCU